AUGGCGUUAUCAAAACACACGGUGUUAACAUCAUCACCAUCAUCUGCAGUUUGCGCUAGCGAGGCGAAGAAGGAGAAGGGCUCGCAGGUUCCAUGGAGCCCUCCCGACGCGAAGAAGGACAAGGGUUCGAAGGUCCCGUGGAGCCCGCACGAAGAUAAGAUGCUGCGGGCGCUCGUCAAGAAACACGGCGCGCAGAGCUGGUCCAUCAUCUGUAGAAACAUCCCCGGCAGAUCGGCAAAGUCUUGCCGACUUCGUUGGUGCAACCAUCUCCUGCCGGGAUUGAACUUCAAGCCGUUCACGCCGGAAGAGGACUCCAAGAUCAUUGAGCUUCAUCGCAAAUAUCACAAUGGGUGGGCGACGAUCGCACGCCACAUGCCCGGUCGGAGCGAUAACGCGAUAAAGAACAGAUGGAACUGCACGUUAAAAAACCGGCAGCGACAUGAACACGAACAACCAACGAAGAGGAAGAGAUCCGACGAUGACCACGAUGACGACGGAUUCGGGUCGAAGGUCGCAGAAUCCUGGUUGCCGCCAAAAACUCCGCAAUGGGAAGAGAUUGAGCCGGCGGAGAUCUGCGAGCCAGGCUGUGUAUCGCAGAAGCCGCCGCCGCCGCUGGAAUUGAACUUCCUCGCUCAAGACUUUUCGCGCUGGAAGAAACAGGUAUUCGACAGGCAACGGGAUUUCACCGGAUUCAAGUUCGACCACGGCAUUGACGAUCCCAUGACCGCCCUAACAUUAGGGUAUCCGGGAACGCCGACGGAAAGCUAUUCCAGCGACUUCAGCGACGAAGGCCGAUGGAAAAUGGAAAGCGCAAUAGAGUAUUAA